AUGUUCUACAACAAAGAUAACAUUAAAUGGCUAAAAAAUUUGCUAAAAAUUGAUUUGAAUGAACAAUUAUUUUAUAAACCAAUAUUUUUUGCCAUUUUUAUACCACAAUAUAUUAGAUAUAAGUUCGUUUUAGUAAUAAAAUAA